AUGGCUGACAAGGGUCUCGAGGAUGUCCCCGAGGGACAGAUCGAGUCUAACUACGAUGAGACCGUCGACUCCUUCGAUGACAUGAACCUCAAGUCUGAGCUCCUCCGAGGUGUCUACGCCUACGGUUUCGAGCGUCCCUCCGCUAUCCAGCAGCGUGCCAUCAUGCCCGUCAUCAAGGGCCACGAUGUCAUUGCCCAGGCUCAGUCCGGUACCGGAAAGACCGCCACUUUCUCCAUCUCUGUUCUCCAGAAGAUCGACACCAACGUCAAGCAGUGCCAGGCUCUGAUCCUUGCCCCCACCCGUGAGCUUGCUCAGCAGAUUCAGAAGGUUGUUGUCGCUAUUGGCGACUUCAUGAACAUUGAGUGCCACGCCUGCAUUGGUGGUACCAGCGUCCGUGAUGACAUGAAGGCCCUCCAGGACGGCCCUCAGGUCGUUGUCGGUACCCCCGGCCGUGUCCAGGACAUGAUCCAGCGUCGUUUCCUCAAGACCGACAGCAUGAAGAUGUUCGUCCUCGACGAGGCCGAUGAGAUGCUUUCUCGUGGUUUCACCGAGCAGAUCUACGACAUCUUCCAGCUCCUUCCUCAGUCCACCCAGGUCGUCCUUCUCUCCGCCACCAUGCCCCAGGACGUUCUUGAGGUCACAACCAAGUUCAUGCGUGACCCCGUCCGCAUCCUGGUCAAGAAGGAUGAGCUUACCCUGGAGGGUAUUAAGCAGUUCUACAUUGCUGUUGAGAAGGAGGAGUGGAAGCUUGACACUCUUUCCGACUUGUACGAGACCGUCACGAUCACCCAGGCCGUCAUCUUCUGCAACACCCGCAGAAAGGUCGAUUGGCUCACCGACAAGCUCACUGCUCGUGACUUCACUGUCUCCGCCAUGCACGGUGACAUGGACCAGGGUCAGCGUGACCUGAUUAUGAAGGAGUUCCGAUCCGGUUCUUCUCGUGUCCUGAUCGCCACUGACCUUCUCGCCCGUGGUAUCGAUGUCCAGCAGGUUUCCCUGGUCAUCAACUACGAUCUCCCCGCCAACCGUGAGAACUACAUCCACCGAAUUGGUCGUGGUGGUCGUUUCGGCCGAAAGGGUGUUGCCAUCAACUUCGUCACCGCCGAGGACGUCCGAAUGAUGCGUGAGAUCGAGCAGUUCUACAGCACCCAGAUUGAGGAGAUGCCCAUGAACGUCGCCGACCUCAUCUAA